CGACAACAAAAUCCAAGGAUGACGAAAGGUACCUCCUCUUUCGGAAAGCGGCACACAAAGUCGCACACACUCUGCCGACGCUGCGGCAACCGUGCCUUCCACAGGCAGCACAAGACCUGCGCAUCCUGCGGUUACCCUUCAGCUAAGCUCCGUUCAUAUGAGUGGGGCCAGAAGGCCAAGAGGAGAAAGACGACUGGCACUGGGAGGAUGAGCUACCUCAAGGGUGUCAGCAGGAGGUUUAAGAACGGGUUCAGGGAGGGAACGGUAGCAAGCAAGAAGGUCAAGGCUUCUUCUGAGUAGGUUUGGGCUGGGCUCGCUGCGUGGGGAGGAUGCCAGACAUACAUGCUAUGCAAUUAUGACGCGUAAUGCAUGUGUCCAUGAUCUUCAACUGUUAUCGUGACCGGUUCUGUUGUAAAGCGAGACUUCUUGCAUGAGUUGGACGUCU